AUGUCGGUACAAACACAAGAUCUCCUGGAGCUGGGCGCCAAAGUCGAGGCUGUUGCAGAUUCCCUUGAAGCUCUUGAAGUCUCGUCAACCUCGACCAUCAAUCCUGACGACAGAUCUCAGCCACCAACUCCAGACGGGUCAGGGCGGCCAGCCAAUUUCCAAGUCAUCGCUCCUGGCCUAUAUAGGUCCAGUUACCCAUUGUACGCCCACUUCGACACUUUGGCAGAUCUGGAACUGAAGACCAUCAUCACCCUUGUGGCUCCACCAAUCCCGCUCGACUAUGCCAACUUCAUCACCUCCAACGGCAUCACCCACUACCAGAUCCCCAUCCAGGCAAACAAAGAUGCGGAUGUCUACAGCUCAGACGAAACCGUCAACAAGGUGCUGAACCUUAUCCUCGACCCGUCCAACUACCCGAUGCUCAUCCACUGCAACAAGGGCCGUCACCGAACUGGUACCAUGGUUGCCUGCUUCAGAAAAGUCACAGGCUGGACUUUGGAGGAUUGCAUCGAAGAGUACGAACGAUAUUCCAGACCCAAGGAUCGAGCUUUGGACAAGAUCUUUAUUGAGCGCUAUGACGCCAACACCUUGAAAGCCGUCGCUCUCGAACGGGGUUACGUUGGCGGCAUAUGGAGAGCCCCAGUGCGGUCGUCGACCAAAUCGUCAGUCUACACCAACAAUACCUUCGAGACCACCACCACAAGCGACGACUCUGAAUGUCCCCCGAACGACUACCAAGAGCGGGCCAAGAAAGAAAACGACGCUAUCCUCGAAUCUGCCAGACGCUGGUCGUACAAGUAA